UCAUGUUUUUCACACUUCCGGCCUGUAGGUGGCAGUGUGUUGUGUUACUCGCGGUUUUUCAGCAGAAGAAGAAAAAAACUUUGACUUCCUGAAAAUAAACACGAUACGAAGGAACAGACGGGCUGCUUGUCAUGUUCAACGAUGGCUGACCCUCUCAACAACACGAUGGACGACACUGAAAUGGAGGCGAUGUCGCUGUCAGGCGACUCUUCCCUUGGAGAAGCUGUGUCUGGUAGAGGACAGAGCGGGUCUUAUGAAGAAGAGGAGAUGUUCUACAUCCCAGAGAGAAGGCCUUCUCUGGACCUGGGACCGGCUCCGAUGGAUACAAGCCACUGGUAUUUUGUGGAACAGGCCUCGCCUCCAGCUCUGAGCUACUGCUCAAUGACAAGUGAAGACAGUGCAACCAACGUGGAAAAUAUAGAAUCACCGUCCACAAGCGUCCAGCUGAACAGAGCAGAUUCGUUCUCUAGCUGUUACUCCUUGGACAGUGAUGAUUGUGAAAAGAGAAAACCUAAGGUUAAAAGCAAAGAAGAUACAGCCUCAGAGAUUUCUGACACGCCUGAGUUAAUGGAGGACCCAAAUGACAGUGGCCAUCCUUCUGUGACGGUGGAAUUCACUUUUAAGGCUAUUUGUUCUACUCUUGACAAACUGUCCAGAGGAGAAAUGAAGUCAUUCAAGAUGAUGCUGUGGAGGCGUUACCCACAGUCGUUCAGCUUUUCUCCACAAAGCAUGGACAUGGUGGAUCUUGUGGACCGACUGCUCGAGUGUUACAGUCGGAAGGUUUGUUUGCAGAUCACCAUAACUCUUCUUGAGGCACUCGGGAAGAAGAAGCUGGUUGAUUAUCUUGAGAAUUCGUGCAUCAGAAAUGAAGUACGUCACGAUUUAGUCGAGAUUCUGAAGAAGAAAUACGGCGAAGUAGCCGAGUUUGGAGAGAAGAGGCCAUUUGACGACGCCUUUUGUAAACUCUUGAUACCCUCAACGUGUGAUAACGGCCCAAUUAUUGAACACGAGGUUUUGAAUAUACCGAAGCUGGACAGCAACCGGGAAGAAGGAAAGAUGCUGACCACUGGUGAUAUUCUGAGCGCUAAAAGGAUGGAGCGCUCAAACAUGAAGCUUAUGUUGGUCACCGGAGCUGCAGGGUCAGGGAAGACCGUGGCUGUCAGAAGGUUAGUCCUCGACUGGAUUGAAAAGCGGGGCCACGAACAUGUGACGUUCAUGUUUCCUCUUAUGUUUAGAGAACUCAAACAGUAUGAAAGUACCCAGGUCUCCCUGUGGGGAAUAGUAAACGAUCUUUACCCGUCAACAAAAAAACUGAGACAUUCUGAUUUUAGAGCUGAAGACUGCAAAAUAAUGUAUAUCUUUGACGGUCUUGAUGAGUACACUGACAAACUUGACUUCCGGAACACAGAGCUUAUCAGCGAACACACCGAUGUCAGUUCCCUGAACAUCCUCGUGGUCAACCUCCUCAGAGAGAGGCUGCUCUACCGCGGCCUCUUCAUCAUCACCUCUCGGCCACAAACAAGGCGCUGCAUUCCUUGGGAUACGCAUUACGACGAGAUAGACGUGCGAGGUUUCUGCGACCCUGAAAGGGAAGAGUACUUUAGGAAGAGAUUUAAGGAUCCGGCCCAAGCAGAUGAAGUCAUCGCGUAUAUUAACUCGUGCAAAACCCUCCGCAUCAUGUGCCACCUGCCUUUGUUUUGCACACUGGUGGCUGACGAGCACCUGUGCUUAUUCAAGAAAGAGGGGACACACGGAGCAAAGCUGACUCGGAGCAUCACCUACAUCUACACAAAGCUGCUGCUAACACUCAUAGGUGAACAUCGUGAAAUUAGAGCACCACAUCAAAGCCACGAGAAAGAGAGAGAAUUCCUCAUGAAACUCGGAAAGCUCGCCUUCACCAUGCUGGAACAAGGCCAGUUCAAGAUCACCAAGUCUGACUGGAAAGAGCAUGGAAUUGACACAGAGGAGGCAGUGACUAACACGGGCCUGUGCAUGCUGUACAUCACCAAACCAUUCGUUUUGUAUCAAGAGAAGGUCCUCAGCUUCAUCCACCCCACCAUGCAGGAGUACCUGGCUGCCCUGUACGCGUUUCUCUCCUUUAGAAACCAAGGGAAGAACGUGUUCGAUCAGCACCUAAAAAACAAAGUAAAGGGAAUCCUGAAAUUCCACAAGGCGACGGAGCUGUACAAAACCGCUCUGGAUCGAAGCAUGCAGCACAAGGACGGCAGACUGGACAUUUUCCUGCGUUUCCUCUUUGGAAUGACAGUCAAGACCAACCUGGAGCUCCUCCGCCCAUUCUGCAGCUCCACUUCAAAGUGGCCAACAGCCGUUGAAGAUGCUGCCGCCUUCCUCAGAAAGAAGAUCACAGAAAAUCAGCAUCCUGAAAGGAAUGGCAACUUGCAGCGUUGCUUGGAGGAGUUGGGUGUGGGAGCUGCAGGGGCAGCAUCCAGGUGACUUUUUUUAACACUUCCAGGAGGAGAAAAACUGGCACGUGCCUGACAGAGAAACAGGUUCCUAUUGCUAGAACAUGUGCACUAAUGACGCUUUUAGGGUUCAUUCAGACAGAAUCAGGCGCUGCAGCGAAUCACCACAGGGUUGUGUGGAGGUGUGUCUAUUUGUGCUGAACGUGACCGCUGUGACACGACACAAAAUAACUUUCUGAUUAACCUUCUUUAACGAUGUACUCACUCUCAUUCUCACUGCAGCACCAGAUCCUGUCUGAGCGGACCCUUAGAACAAACCUAAUCACUUCUGAAGAUGUGGAUGGUGUGAUUUAAUGUGUGUUAGUAUAACAUACAGAAGCAGAGAGCCAUCAUUGUUAUUUUUUUUAAAGUUUAUUUUUCCAGUUUUAUUUAUACAAUCAAAUAUUUUUGAUUAUUAACUGCUGCCAAUCUAUCUUCUGUUUUUCUUGAUACGACUUUGUCUUAAAAUCUUUCUAACUGCACUAAAAACACUUGAUCGUGAUGAAUAUUACUAUUGUCCUGAGCUGAAAAUGAGAUUAUUUUGCUUUGUGUGAAUCAGUUAUUAUUGCUCGUUGGCUGUUCUCAUCAAUGCUUUGAUAUGCAAUGCGGUAAAGUAUUAUAGUAUUGUUUAUCUCAAAAAGUAUCUGUACUAUAAUCCCUGUAGUUCUGACAGUGAUACCCAUUGAUAAGAAGUCAGAUGUUUCAAAUAAAGGAUAUGGACA